CGCGUUUUCUUGUUUUGUUGGGAGACGUUGCUUGUUAAAUGCCUAGCAAAACGUGCUCUGGGUUUUGCAUUUUAUUUAAAACUAUAAAAUAGGUAAAAAUAGAGAAAUAAGUUUAAAAAAGCGAGGGGAGUUUUAUUCCGGAGCUUUGGAAGAUCUCAGAUUUUCGGGAAUUAUUUACGCAGCUUCGUAGAUCUCUCAUCAUGAGUGCGCCAAGUUCACCAGUUCGUUCGGACAGGCAAAGAGAAGCUUUGACUUCUCCAGCACCUGAUAUGGACGAACCAUUUCCAGACGAAAGCGAUUUAUUAGGUGACGAAAAUGAUUUGCCAAAUGAAGAGGAUGACGGAGAGGAGCUCUUCGGCGAUAACAUGGAAAACGAUUAUCGUCCCAUGUCAGCUCUUGAUCGCUACGAUCCAAAUCAAUUGGAUGACGAUGAUUAUUCGGAAUUAUCGCAAGGAGAUCGGGCAGCAGCGGAAAACGAAAUGCGCAAAAGAGACCGAGCUGCUGGGAUCCUGAGGGACGACCGAGAUCUUCUUUAUGAGGACAGUGAUGACGAGUUGAUGCCGGCGCAUAAGCGACGAAUGGCCGAAAAAGCGGCAACAGGCGAACUCGAAGAUACAGAGAUGGUCGAGUCGAUCGAAAAUCUGGAAGACACUAAAGGUCACACGGUCAAAGAGUGGGUCACAAUGUUGGGACCACGUACCGAAAUAGCGAAUCGUUUUAAGAACUUUCUCAGGACUCAUGCGAACGCGAAAGGACAACAGAUGUACAAAGAAAGAAUCAAUCACAUGUGUCAGAGUAAUCAGUCGAGCUUCGUCGUUGAGUUCCCAAUUCUUGCUAGUAAGGAACAAGUAUUGGCCUAUUUUCUACCUGAAGCUCCUUUCCAAAUGCUGGAGAUUUUUGACGAAGUCGCGAAAGAUUUGGUGUUGACGAUUUUCCCAAGUUAUGAGAGAGUCACGACAGAAAUUCAUGUCAGGAUUUCAGAACUCCCUCUCAUCGAAGAACUGCGUACUUUUAGAAAACUGCACGUGAAUCAAUUGGUGAGAACUCUCGGCGUAGUGACCGCAACAACAGGAGUUUUGCCACAACUGUCAGUCGUGAAAUACGAUUGUAAUAAAUGUGCCUGUAUUUUGGGACCUUUUGUGCAAUCACAAAGCACAGAAUUCAAGCCCGGAUCUUGUCCGCAGUGUCAGAGUACUGGGCCAUUCAUGAUCAAUAUGGAACAAACUCUCUAUCGUAAUUAUCAGAAAAUUACGAUUCAAGAAUCACCAGGAAGAAUUCCAGCAGGGAGAAUUCCGAGGAGUAAAGAUUGCAUUCUUUUGUCGGAUCUUUGCGAUCGUUGCAAACCUGGAGACGAGGUCGACGUCACUGGAAUUUACACAAACAGUUACGACGGUUCUCUAAACACGAACGAAGGAUUUCCGAUAUUUUCGACAGUCCUUUUGGCGAAUCAUUUGCAUGUGAAAGAUUCGAAGGAUAUCAUCGACUCGUUGACGGAAGAGGAAAUCAGCAGUAUUAGAGAAUUGAGCCAAGAUCCGAGAAUUGCUGAGCGAAUCGUAAGCAGCAUCGCACCUUCGAUUUACGGACACGAGUAUGUCAAACGAGCCCUGGCUUUAGCAAUUUUCGGUGGAGUUGCCAAGAAUCCAGGCAAAAAGCACAAAGUGAGAGGAGACAUCAACGUUUUGAUUUGCGGUGACCCAGGAACGGCGAAAUCUCAGUUUUUAAAGUACACGGAAAAAAUUGCACCGAGAGCAAUUUUUACAACUGGACAAGGAGCUUCAGCUGUUGGUCUCACAGCUUAUGUGAGAAGAUCGCCACAAACUCAUGAAUGGACCCUUGAAGCUGGAGCUUUAGUUCUCGCCGAUACGGGAGUUUGCCUUAUUGAUGAGUUUGAUAAGAUGAACGAUCAAGACAGAACUUCGAUUCACGAAGCAAUGGAACAACAAACAAUCUCCAUUUCCAAGGCUGGAAUAGUCACAUCGCUUCAAGCUCGAUGCUCAGUCAUUGCAGCUUCCAAUCCCAUCGGAGGAAGAUACGACGCCAGUAUGACAUUUUCAGAAAACGUAAACUUGUCGGAACCGAUUCUCUCUCGUUUUGACAUCAUUUGCAUAGUGAAGGACGAAAAAGAUCCUUUGGAUGAUAAACGAUUAUCCAAAUUCGUCGUCAACUCCCACAUCAAGCAUCAUCCGAAUUUCUCUGAUAAAACGGAACUCCUUGAAUUAGAAACACCUGCCUCAAACUUGCCAAUUCCUCAAGAUCUCCUCAAAAAAUAUAUUGUAUAUGCGAAGCAGAACAUCCAUCCUAAAAUUUCCAACGUCGAUCAAGAUAAAAUCGCUAAAAUGUACAGUCAGCUUCGUCAGGAAAGUUUGGCGACAGGAAGUCUUCCAAUUACUGUUCGACACAUCGAGGGAAUUAUAAGAAUGUCGGAAGCGAAUGCAAAAAUGCAAUUGCGAGAUUAUGUUCGAGAAGAUGAUGUAAAUAUGGCGAUUAGAAUGGCCCUCGAAAGUUUCGUCGAAACUCAAAAAUAUUCUGUUAUGAAGAGUAUGAAACAGACCUUCAAGAAAUAUCUUAACUACAACAAAGACCACAGUGACCUUCUCUAUCACAUUUUGCGAGGAAUUUUCCUCGAUACGCUUGCCUUUCAAAGAGCCCUCCAUGGAAAUCGGAUUGCCUCUAUCGAAGUUCCGGAGAAGGAACUUCUCGAUCGGGCGAGACAGAUAAAAAUUCACGAUCUGAAUCCGUUCUACGAGAGCGACAUCUUCAAGAUGAAUCAUUUCCAUUACGAUCCGAAACGCAAGUUGAUUGUGCAAACUCUUCCCACAAUCGAAGACGACUGAAAACUUCGCAAAUUGAGAACAAUAACAAAGUAUUUUUUGCUUUUUUUACUUCUAUUUUUUAUACGAAUGUAAGGCGUUUGACACUGUACAAAAUUGUAACGUAUUUAAGUGUAAUAAGUCACGUCGAAAUAAAUUUUUACUCAUUUCAUUUAUUUAAUAA